AUGAUUGCCGAUUGCCCAGAAUACCACAGCGGUCUUGGAGCUCUAGUUGUAGGAGAUCCAGACGUGACGGAAGUUACUAACAGCCAUGGAGAUCAGCUGGAACCGCUUACUUUUGCCAGAAAAGAGGCAAAGCUGAUUGGGCAAAUUCUAAAUGCGGCACCCCUCCCUGGAAAAUUGGCCAACAGAUGUGAAGUGCUAAAACAGAUUAGUUCGGUUGCCGUAGUACACAUUGCUGCACAUGGACGCAUGGAAACCGGAGAAAUUGCGUUGAACCCAAAUCCUGAAAGGAAAUUGCAGAUCCCUGCAGAAGAAGAUUACAUGUUGACAAUGACUGACGUGAUGAAUGUGAAGCUACGAGCAAAGCUGGUUGUCCUUAGCUGUUGUCAUAGUGGUCGGGGAGAGAUCAAAGCUGAAGGCGUGGUCGGUAUUGCACGUGCCUUUAUGGGUGCUGGUGCUCGUUCUGUUCCGGUGUCGCUUUGGGCCAUCGAUGACGAGGCCACGUUUGAGUUCAUGAAAAAUUUCUCUCAUAACCUUGUUAAAGGGCGAAGUGCGAGCGAGUCUCUUAACCACGCAAUGAAAUGUCUCAGAGAAUCCGAGAAGUUCAGCGAUGUAAAAUACUGGGCACCUUUUACACUUAUUGGCGACGGCGUCACUCUCUCGACAAACAACAAGAAAUCAGGCUCUCGAUCAUAG